AUGACAGGACCUUAUUAUGCAAGUUCCAGUUGGUCGGACCUUCCGACGGAUCUCCUCCGCAGCAUCCUGCAACGCCUCGAGCUACGGGAAUCCUUUGACUUUGCUUCCGUCUGCACAUCAUGGUGCUCGGCCGCGGCGGCUGCUGGCAUACCACUUACUUGCAGACCGUGGCUCAUGUCUUGGGCCCACCUCGUUGAGGAACGUGAAGCAGAGAUCAGCUGCAGCUCGGCCGUGACCUGCCAGUUCCGCCAUCUCCUGGACGUCAACAAGUCUUACGAUGUUGAUUUUCCCAAGGGUUGUUUUGUUGCAUGCUGCGGAGCUUCUCAUGGAUGGCUGGUUUUGGUAAAUGAACUCGCCAAUCUCGUUCUCUUCAACCCCAUUACGACGGAGAUGGUCCCUCUGCCACCAAUCACGGAUUGCACAUUUGUGGAGGCAGUAUAUGAUGACCAAGGAAGUAUCCGAGGUUAUCAUAUUUUCUACAAAGAUAAACUACAUGAUGCAAAAGAUGUGGCAACAUGGUUCUACCAGAAGGCAGUGUUGUCCUGUACUCCAUCCAAAGGUGGUAACUACACUGUCAUGAUCAUUCAUUAUGAUAGCAAUUGCCUCUCUUUUGCUAGGGCAGGAGAGAGCAAGUGGCACGUGGUUUCAAAUUUAUACCAACAAGAUCGGUAUGCAGACUGUGCAUACCACGAUGGGAGGUUUUACACAGUGACAUACCAGGGAAUAGUAGAGAAAUAUGAACUUGGUGGAUCAGAUGGACCAAAAAAGGAAACGAUUAUUGCGCAUAGAAACGAGUUUUCAUGCGUUCUUACUAGGCACUUGGUAUCUACACCAUGGGGUGAUCUCUUGCAAGUCCGGGCGAAUCCUGCAAAGCGGGUGGAAAAUGUUAGAUUUGGCAUCAGCAUGGUUCAUCCUGAAGGAUGGAAGAAGGUAUCGCCGCACGAUUUGAUGGAGCAUGCAAUAUUUGUUGGACUCAAUCACUCGACAUGUUUACCCGCAAAAAAAUUCCCUGGUUUAAGACCUCAAUGUAUCUAUUUCUCUGCUCCCUGGAUGGCACCUAAAAUUGAUUUAAUGGGCCGAUGUCGAGGAUGGGGAGGUGCAAGGUCCUAUGACAUAGGAAAAAGAGGUUUCGAGCAUGCUUUUCCCAUCGAAGGGAUGCCUAAAAGUUGGAGCAUUAGCAUGCAUAUCCCUUCGGAGGUAUGGAUCACACCCAAUAUGUAAUACGGGUGUGUUGAAGAGCUUGUAUGUGCAAUAAGUUUAUUGGAAUUGCUUCAGAGGUAUGCAUAUCCCUUCAGUAGUAUGGAUCACACCGAAUAUGUACUAAUAUUUAUGGUCACAGCCUUCAGAAUUAGUGUUUCCUUUGUUAUUUCACGUUAUAGCCUUAUAGGUAGAUUCCACCUUCACUGAGGGAGGG